CAGAUACUGUUCCGAGUGAUUACCUUUGGCUUGAAUGCAUUUACUCUCCGUUACUUAUCAAAAGAAAUUAUUGGCCUAGUGAAUGCUAACACUGCUUUAUUCUACAACUGUUUUCUUAGCGAGAGAGGCAUUUCGCAGAGCUUGCCUAAGUGGAAGUACAAGGAGAAAUUGGACCAAAACUAUUAAUCUGCUGUGGCUAACAGUUCCUUUGGGGGUGUUUUGGUCUCUCUUCCUGGGCUGGGUCUGGCUGCGGUUGCUUGAAGUACCUGAUCCGGAUGUAGUUCCUCACUACGAAUUUGGAGUAAUUGCAUUUGGUCUCUCUGCAGUUGUUGAGCUCCUAGGAGAACCAUUUUGGGUUUUAGCACAAGCACAUUUGUUUGUAAGGCUUAAGGUAAUUGCUGAAAGUCUUUCCAUAUUCUCCAAAUGCCUUCUGACAGUCAUUUUAGUAGCUCUCCUUCCUCACUGGGGACUUUACAUUUUUUCUUUGGCUCAGCUUUUAUACACCAGUGUUCUAGUGCUGUGUUAUGUAAUUUAUUUCAUGAAGUUUUUGGGUUCUCCUGAAGCAACUAAGAAAUCAUUUCCAGUUUCUAGAAUGACAGCUUUGUUACCCAGUUUGGAUGGAGAUCACACCUUUGUUAACUGGAAUGAAGCUAGGUUAACUUGGAGCUUUUUUAAACAAUCCUUCUUGAAGCAGAUUUUAACAGAGGGUGAACGAUAUGUGAUGACUUUUUUGAAUGUGUUAAAUUUUGGGGACCAAGGCAUAUAUGACAUAGUGAAUAACCUUGGUUCACUGGUGGCCAGAUUUGUCUUUUUGCCAAUAGAGGAGAGUUUUUAUGUUUUCUUUGCUAAGAUCCUGGAGAGAGGGAAAGAUAUAAAGCUACAGAAACAGGAUGAUAUCAGUCUGGCUGCAACUGUUUUAGAAUCACUGCUGAAGCUUGUACUACUAAUUGGCUUGACCAUUACAGUUUUUGGCUAUGCCUAUUCACAUUUGGCUCUGGAGAUUUAUGGUGGUCCAAUGCUCAGUUCAGGAACAGGUCCAAGUCUCCUGCGCUGUUACUCUUUAUAUGUUCUACUUCUUGCUGUCAAUGGAGUAACAGAAUGUUUUACGUUUGCUGCUAUGUGCAAAGAGGAAGUAGACAGGUUCAACUUUGUUAUGCUGGCCUUGUCCUUCAUGUUCUUGUGCAUUUCUUAUUUCUUGACCCAUUGGAAAGGCAGUAUAGGUUUUAUCUUUGCAAACUGCUUCAACAUGGGUAUUCGAAUAGCACACAGUGUUCACUAUAUCUAUAAUUAUUUCAAGGAAAGCACUUACAGACCGUUGAUGGGCUUGCUGUUCUCCCCUUUGCUGAUUUUUGUUUACAUUAUCAGCGGAAUAAUUACUAGUUUUUCAGAGGUAUUUUUGUGCUGCAAUGAAGGCUGGCUGGCAAGACUGAUUCACAUUACAGUGGGGAGUCUGUGUCUCACAGCAACUCUUAUUACUGUAUUCUUCACAGAGACCAAGCUGAUCUACUUUGUUAGAACCCAGUUGCUUUCACAAUACACCAGAAAAGAAACCUAAAAUGAUCAUCAUGUACAGGACACUUCUUAUGUACAUACCUGUAUGUGUUUGCAUUGGAGGUAUAUUUUUUAUACAAAAUUGCAUAGGGGGAAAAGUUGAAUGAUACAUGGCUAACUUUCUUAAAAUCUAGUAGACUGGAAUAUUCCUGAUGCAGUGCAAAUGAAAUGGCAAUAUUUGCACCGAGGUACUGUUUCCCCAUCCAAAUAAUGUGAAGCCAUUAAUGUCUUUAAAUAUGUAAACUACAUUAAAGAACAGCUGGCUUGUUCUCUUUCAUUGUGUCAUUCUAACUGAAGUUUUUUCUUCAAAACAGUAUAACCUGUUUUUAUUGUUAAAUAAAGAAUGGACCA